AUGGCCGAGAUGGAGGAAGGCCACUUGCCUGCUUGGAUGGAGAUAUGGAGGACAGUCAACGGCACGGAUGUAUGCGAUGAGUAUCUCAACACGUUGCACCGGUACGCGACAGAGAAAAACAACAAGGACGUACAAGACGUGGAUGCUGCGUUUGACUACCAUACGAUGAGCUCAGUUCUCACGAACUGCCGACCACACCGCUGUCUCGCCAACAACGACGGUGACGACUGCUACUGCCGAUAUAACAUUAACACGUGUGAGCGCGGGCGAAUAAGUGUCGUGUACAAACAUGGAGUCCACGUGAUGCACGAUAUUCAAGCCACUUCACCACCACGCACUCGCCUCACAAGACCUAUGAAAACAAUCAUAGAGGCCAAGUUAGACCUAUUUCCUUCGGCUUCGACGCAACAGCUUUACGCACACAUUUCGUCGGCGAUAGAACGAAAUUAUCUCAAUGACCCAGAUCCGCUAAAAACCCAGGUCGUCUCAUUCCUGCGGCGCUGGAGGCGGAAUCACCCUGGUCACGACACUAGCCAAGUCUCAGAAAUUGUUGACACUUCGUUGUAUGACGUCUUCGGUCUGAGCGACGCAACUCCGACUUGGGUUGUGUUCUUCCGUGAUGCCGUCUUCAGCCAAGAUCGUUGGGUUUCGCGGGUUGGAGUCGGUACCGCGGACGAUCCAUUACGUGUCGGCUUGACGUGCUACAAACUACUUCACGAUUACGCGCAAGUGCAGCGUGCGUACUCGUUGACCACGUUAAUUCACCUUGAGAGUACAUUCAACACGGUAGCUUAG